AUGGAUAGUGACCGUAUAAAGUUUCCCUGCCUGUUGUCGCGAGCAUCGCGAGUAAUCAUCGCCAACUCUCCACUCAAUGAAUCCCUCGUCACCACCGCAUGGCUCGCUCCUGGCAAUUUGCCCCUAAAUGAUGACAAACAUCUUUGCUCAGGGAGCUUCGAUGAUAAGAGCGCUGAUCAAUAUGGCACGGAUCUCACAGAGCCAGAUGAAAGAGAUGAUCAGCUAAAGGAUGCAGAUGUCACGUAG